UGCGGAAAAGUUCAUCUUACGGAUGUAAAACAUUUUAUUUUCUAUGAGAAUGCAGGAAAUUGCGGUCAAUUCUAGAACAAAAACUUAAAAAAAUGAUGAAAAUAUGACCGCAUUGGGUUCAAAAUUGACAGCACACUACUUAAUAACCGCAUAUUUCUUUCGAUUUGACCGCAUAUUUUUUGUGUGCGACGAUCUCCAUAAAACACUUUAUCAUACAAGUAUAGCAUAUUACGGUGAUACGAGUGAUUAUUAAAAAGCCAACUAAGAUCAACUUGGGGCGUUUAUUUAUGUUCACUCCAAUUAGCGCUUACUUCUAUAUUUUCAACUUGAAACAAAUUUUGCAGUGUCGAUUGAGAAUCGUUGAACGUCUCUGGCAGUUAUAAUUUAUCUGUGGAAAGCAAAAGUCCUUCUGUUUUGUUGAUUAAAAUUGUUGCCAGAAAUUAUUCAUCGAUCUGAAUCAAAUUUCCUGAACUCAACAUUUGAUUAUCAUCAGUUGAAGUUUGAAAUAAAAUGGAAAGUUGCCGAUCAGGAGUGCGAGCGGUUGGACUGGUUCUAGGUGCAUGGGGCUUCUUCGCAAGUCUUUUCCUGACCUUCUUUCUCACAUUUCGAACUGAUGCUUGGCAAAUUUUCGGCACAUUGAUGCUACCAAUCAUUAUAAUUCUCACUUUGAAUUUAUUGGCGUGUCUUUGUUGGAUUUACGGAAUGGCAAUUGUAAAAACAAGAUUCAUGUUAAUUUCAAUUUGUUAUUGGAUCAUACCGAUGUUCUACAGCAUUCGUUUCGUUUGGAAUCCAGUUCGAAGAAAUGCGGUUAACACUGGCGAUAAUAUGCAUUAUUUCAAUACCGAAGAAGAUGACCUAACCGUUCGCUUUGAAAUGACAAUGACACAACCACAUUUUCUCAUCAUUUAUUCGGCUAUUUUCAUCACAUCUUAUCUGAUCGCCAUCUUGAUUUACAUGUUUAUGCUCAUAACCCGACCAGGAGAAAUAGAAGAUUCACGAUUCAAUGUUCAGAAUGUUUACACGGUACCGUCUCUGAAUCUUGAGAAAAGUGGCCUCGAGAAAAUUUAGCUUCAGCCGGGAGAUUUUGAAAGGAGAAUUCAUUCGAUUCAAUUAUGAUUAAGCAAUAUCAAAGUAAAAGAAGAAAAAUGUCAUUAAUGAAGUCACAAUUUUUCCCUCAAAUGCACAAUUACUUUUUGUUAUCCACUU